AUGAAUGACAAGACAUUCUCCUUCUUGGUGGGCAUCUUCUCUGUCCUCAACACCAUCCAGUUCCUCAUCUUUGACUCGAACCAGGUUACGUUCAUUGGCUACGAGGACAAGUUCAACAUCUACACAGACACGAACUCUGAGGUAGUCUCUUGGGUCGUCAUCAACAGGAGAAACACCAGCAUUGGCCUAUCCGUCGUCACCAUCGUGGUCAGCUGCUUGCUCUUCUAUUGCCUUCACGUGAACAACUACGUGGGGCUGCUGUGCUAUGUCUUGUGGAUCAUCGCCUAUGAGCUCAUCAACUUCUCCAUGGUCCUGCUCAUCAACGGGACCAUCAAAGAGCAGUUCAAGGAGCUGAGUUACCUGCACUUGACCAUCCAAAUCUCCCGCAUGCUCCUGCAUUUCCUCUGUCUGCCCUUGGUCACCAAGCAUAUGUACUCCCUUUACAAGGACCCCAAGAUGUUAGGCAAGAUGGGCCGCCGCAGGUACUCCUCCAUCAGUGUAGUCGAUUUGUGGCCGCCUGUUGGGCCACCUCUUAGGCCAGGAACAUUGUACCGCAAGAGGAACUAA